AUUUAUAGGUCUCAUUACUGUAAAUAUACACUAUGAAUAUGUAAAUAACUACAACAAGUUUAAAAUGUUCAAAUACACAAUAGACAAUAUACGGAAUUUAAGCACUGCGGAAUAUCUCGGACUUUUCCAACACUGUAAGCCACACGUGGAUUGUUAUUGAAUAUCAACAGACGUUAUCAGAGGAAUGUCUUAUAAUAUGUCAAACCGAAAAUCUUUCCGAGUUGGUUCUAGGAAAAGUCAGUUAGCCCUGAUUCAGACUAACUCGGUUAUAGACGCCUUGAAGAAAGUCACUCAGGAUGUUGAUUUUGAAAUUGUGUCCAUGUCUACAACUGGUGACAAAAUACUGGAUAUCGCCUUAUCUAAGAUCGGAGAAAAGAAUCUUUUCACUAGAGAGUUGGAAGUUGCCUUAGAAACCAAGCAAGUUGACAUGGUUGUACAUUCAUUGAAAGACUUGCCCACAACGUUGCCUGAGGGGUUGAUGAUAGGAAGUGUGUGCAAACGAGACAGUCCUUAUGAUGCUGUUGUAAUGCAUCCUAAACAUAAAGGAAAACAAAUACAAGAUUUAAAAGAUGGAAGUGUGAUUGGAACCAGUUCAUUAAGAAGACAAUCACAGCUGCAGAGGAAAUAUCCAGGACUGACAUUUGAGAGCAUUAGAGGUAACCUGAAUACCAGACUUAGAAAGUUAGAUGAAGAUGGAAAAUAUGAUGCUAUUAUCUUAGCUGAAGCAGGACUUGUAAGGAUGGGCUGGGAAGAUAGAGUCUCACAGAUUUUAUCUGCUGAUGUCUGUAUGUAUGCUGUAAGUCAAGGAGCCAAGGCUGUGGAAUGUAGAGCAGACGACACAGAAACACUUAACCUACUGGCACAUAUACAUGACCCAGAUACAACCAUGGCGUGCAUUGCUGAAAGAGCUUUCCUAAGAACUCUGGAAGGAGGCUGUAGUGUACCUGUAGCUGUUUGUACAGAAAUAAAAGAUUCAAAGUUGUCUAUAACAGGUGGUGUAUUCAGCGUAGAUGGUACACAAUGUGUUCAGGACAGUGUUGAAAGAGAUCUGUCUGAAAUCAUAGAACCUCCAAAGAAAAAGAUUCGUACAACAAAAGGAGUACAACAAUACAUAUCAAUAGCAGAACAUACAGACAUAUCCCAUAAUGCAUUAGAUGCUAUCAUGGCAGCAGGCGUUGAAUUAGCCAAUAAGAUCUUGACACCAGAGGGUGCUGCAAUUCUUAAAAAAGCAAAGGAAGACACAGCCAAGGCAGUUUUGGAAGAGAAAAGAAAGAAAGAACUAAUCAAAGCUGUUGAAAGUGGAUCUUUGAAAUAAUAAUAUAUUUACUAUUUACUAUUUACUGUUAUAUGUCUGGGGUCAAUAGGUGGAUGGUUUACAUCCAGUGAUGCAAAUUUUCAGACAUUGCUAAGAGUAUGAACACUUCUGGUAAUAGACUGAUUGAUUUGCCCAACCUGCUCGCCAACCAAGUAAAAAUCUGCAGGAAGACAAGUUGUUCCACCAUGACGCAUUAUUCUGAAUCUGAGCAAGAAAUAUGAGUGUUAAAGUUUUACAUUUCCCCCUGUCUGGGUUAUAUCCAUGACACUCACUAUUCUGAGUAAGGAGUUUAAAAUAUUAUAGAUCAAUAGAGGCAAUACAUAGAAGUAACAUUUGGUUACAUAAACAAUUUGAUAAACGAGAAUCUUGUAAUAUGAAUGAGUUUUAAUGAUAGAUAAAAUAUUAUUUAAUUUAAUUUUUGUAGCAUUGCAAUAUCAGUUACUUAUUAUAUGUUUGUAAACAGUCAAUUUAGUUGUACAAAUGAUAGUAGAGUGUGCCCUGUUUGUCUGACAGUGCAUCAUAUAAUUGCAUACUGUUAACAAAUUAUGAGUUUAAUAUUGGGAUAUUUGUAAACUACUGUUGUAUGUAUUGAGAGGUGUUUAUAGCCAAGGGUCUGGGAAUGGUCAUAUUUUCUGUUCUGUGAUAAAUAUUCAUAAUCUUGGUGAUUUAAUAGUUAAGGAGAUUGGUCAAUUGGUAACCUAAAUGUCAUGCAUAUUUAUGAGUAUGUAAAUCAGUCACUACUGGAUAGACAUGUUGUGAUUAUAUACACAAUUAUUACAAAUAUCCAUAAGAAAAAAAUCUACCUUUUCUUACAAAGUAAUGUGUUAAAAAACGUAUAAUUCAUGAAGUAUCCUGACUAAAAGUUUGUUUUCAUACGGGGUUAGAUUACUAAGCAAUUUCAUAACUGUCAGACUAACAUCAAUAUUUUACAUAGUAACAAACACUUUUGAAACAUUCCAUAUUUAUUGUAACUACUUGUACAUCUUUGCUUCACUACCAAGCCACUUGUAAACAUAACCUUUGAACCUGAAUAACACACUUUGAUGAAAUAUCGUGUAAAUACAAGUUCCAGACCCUUGAUAUAUUACAGACUUAAGGGGAUACAUAACACUACAGGGAGAUAACUCUGAAAAAUCAGCUGAAUGUUUUAAUCAGGUUCUAGUGUUAAGGAAAUAAUAAUGAUCAAAAUUAAUGUUUAUCAAACUUGCUAUAUAUCCUACGAAAUUUUUCAGAUAACGUUUGUGGUUUAACUUUUAUAUUUUAGUCAGAGUCAAAGUUGAUAUUUUAUUAAUAAUUUAUGAAAAUUAAACAAACCAAAUUAAUUAUCAUCAAGUUGUUUGGUUCCACCUAAUAAGAGAUUAUAAAGGUGUAAAAAUAAUUAUAUCAAUUGUAUAGAGAUGAUUUAACAGAGUGUUAGAACUAAUUGUAUAUUUUUUUUAUCUUAUUUAAAUUUUAUUGGUGCUGAAGACAGAGUUAUAUAUUAUGUUGUUAUAUGGUUUUUGAUUUAUGUGCAUGUAUUUGUUUGAAAUGAAGAGUUGUAUGCAUUUAUGAAUUUGUUAUAGUUCAUAGUUUUGUAAAUAAAAAAAACCCACAAGUUUUCCAAAAUAGAUCACAAGGCGUCACUGCUGACAUACACAACUAAAGAGAUAAAUGAAUAAAAGAAGAGUAAAACAUAUAUUUUAAGGUGGUACAUAACACUACAGGGAGAUAACUCCGUAAAAUCAGAUAAACAUUUUAAACACAAUCUAUUCCUACCUAAAUAUAACACUUCUCUAUGAUCAAAAUUAGUGUUUUCCAAAUGAAAUUUUUCAGACAAAGUGUGCUGCUCAAAUUUUUUGAAAUUUUUGUUUUUUUGUCAAAUGGUCAAAGUAAAUAUUCUUUAUGAAAAUUAAACAUUCAUUGUGUCUGACAACAGAAAAUUAUUUGGAACUAGAUAUUUAUCCAUUUCUCAAUUUAUUCACACCUUGUUUAGACUUUUAAAGGUUAAUUGGAUCUUGCCAUCUCAUGAUCUGAUUUAUCCACCAUAGAAUACUGUCAGUUUACUUGUAUAUGUCUAGUUUUACUAUGCUAACAUUGUGUUGAUGAGCUGCUGUCUCAUUGUUAUUUACUGUAAAUUCAGAAAUUAUUGUGUGCAUUCAUUGUGAUUUUUGAAGAAUGGACAAAAGUGUGAUUAAUUAUUGUCAUACUGUUAAAAGCUGCAUACUGAUACUAUUUCGAAUUAAGAUGGCUUAACUUCUACUGUUCUCAAGUCACCCAUUACUGUUUGUUUUUUUAAUUAGAGGACACAAAAUCCCUGAGCAAACUUUAAUGACAAAAACAUACAGAAACAAAGUUAAAAUAAUUUAUUUUCAAAAAAAACAAAAUGUCAAUAGGUUUAAAUUUGAACACCGACUCAUGUGCAAAUUUACUAGCAGAAUCUUCUAUGUCCUAUUGAUACAUACUUCUUUUAUUUUCAUUUUAAAUGGUAGUACAAUAUGUUAUUAGCUUACAAAGGUAUAUCUGUGUUAUAAUCUUUCAUGUAUUUUAUUCUUAUUCUUUUUAAAGUUCUUAACCGUGAUGUCUUUAUUGUUGUUGACAGAUGUUUAUAAGAGUGAAAGACAAUUUAGAAUAUAGCAAUGCAAAUAAUUGUAACAAUUUGUGAAUUUGUUCUGUCAUGUUUGUUAAAAAAGAAAAUUAAUAUUUGUUAUAGAUGUGCGAUAUUUUACAUGUAUAAUUUUGAUAGUUGUUAUUUAUAUGUGAUGUUAUGCCUGUAUUAUAAUGAAAGGUUAAAUAAAGAGAGAUUGCUGAUCUUUUUGAUCUGA